GGCGAGGAGCGGACGCCGCUGGUCAGGAUGGUGCUGGAGAGCGUGGCCCGCAUCGUGAAGGUGCAGCUCCCCGCGUAUCUUAAGCGGCUCCCAGUCCCCGAGAGCAUUACCGGGUUCGCCCAGCUCACAGUUUCAGAAUGGCUUCGGUUAUUGCCUUUCCUUGGUGUACUUGCACUACUUGGCUACCUUGCGGUUCGUCCAUUUCUCCCGAAGAAAAAGCAACAGAAGGAUAGCUUGAUUAAUCUUAAAAUACAAAAGGAAAAUCCCAAAGUGGUGAAUGAGAUAAACAUUGAAGAUUUGUGUCUUACUAAAGCAGCUUAUUGUAGGUGUUGGCGUUCUAAGACGUUUCCUGCCUGUGAUGGUUCACAUAAUAAACACAAUGAAUUGACAGGAGAUAAUGUGGGUCCACUAAUACUGAAGAAAAAGGAAAUAUAAUAGUAAUGAAUUACAAUGGAAUUCAAUUGUGUGCUUUAAAAACUUAUAACAGUAUUUUUCCAUUCUUUGUUUAUAGAAGAUCUUUCAAAUGGUGGUCUUAAUUAUUGCUACUGGUUGAAUAAUUAUUUCUGCCAAUUUAUUUUCUUGUUACACUACUGUUUAUAUUUGAUACUUUGUAUAUGCAAACAGUCAUUUAUAUAAAAAUAGUGCAACCCUUUCAUUCUGACUUCAAAGAAUUAAUGUAUCUUCCUACAAUAAAACCAACAUUUUAAACUUUUAAUUGAGAAAGCUUUUGACAGUGAGUCCAAAGCUGUUUGUUUGAAUGUCAAUAUUUUCAAAAGAAACUGUACUUUAAAAAUUUCUCUCUACAUUAUUAAAUAUAUUAUUUUUUAGUGCUCUUCUGUUUUGAUCAUUUGAAGUGAUUUUUCCCCUUUUGGCCUUCCAUAUUCCAUGCUUUUUAGAUCAAUAAGAAAACUAUUGCUGUCAAGAAUUGCUUGAGUUUUCAAAGAGAAACUGUUUACUUUAUAAAUAUUGUUCUCUAUAAAUAUGAAUAUCCCAAUUUCAGAAAAGACAGGAACUGGGUAUAAAAAGUUUCAACAAGGAAUGAUUAUUUACAUUAUAAAAGACUUGUUU